AUGGAAGUCUAUUGUGCGUCCAUAGAAAAGGCUGUGGAGAGUUGGAAGCUUAUCCAAUCGGAUCCUAAUUACUAUGUUACCUUUGGAGAAGCCUUGUUUCGACGGAUAUUUGAAAUUGCUCCUGCAGCUGUAAGCUUGUUUCACUUUGCUCCGGAAGGAAAGAGAAGUGAGACUGUGCAAGGUUUCGAAUCCUCUCCCAAAUUUCAUCCCCAUGCCAAGGCCGUCCUAUUAAUGCUGGAACAAGCCUUGAUGCUCAUGUUGGAGAGUCAGUUGUACGAUCUUGCUGAAGCAUUGUCCAGUCUUGGUUUGAGGCAUCUUGUCUAUGGUGUGGGAAAAGAGCAUUUCAAAGUGCUGGAAACUGCCGUCUUGGAUACUUUGGAACUCUUUUUACCGCAUCCAGAAUGGACCAAGUGUUUGCAAAAAGAUUGGCAAGGCGUACUUCACUUUAUCUGCAAAGGAAUGAUUGUAGGUGCCGACCAAGGUUUCUCCAUCAAACGAAAGAAACGGGAACUUGGUGAAUUGUCGGUGGCGACCCUUCGGCUCCAACCCACACCCAGCAACAGUAAUGAUACCAGUGCACCAAUCAUAAUGUCGCCACCACCAGCAUGUGGGAGCCGAUUUGAUCUCCACGUCAUCAAGAGUCCCAAAGAUCCACCCAAACCGGCAAUGCGUUCCAGAUUUGAAAAUUUCUUUGAAGAUUCCUUGCCACAAACUCCCAAGCGAAGCUCGAUGCCCAAACGAAACAACUCGGAUCCAGUGCUCAAGACGAUGAUACCGUCUGCUACACUGCGGUUGGGAAGAGGGACAAACAGUCCUGCUCCAACUGUUACUCCUAGUCCUAGUAGUAGUACUACCCAGCGAAACAAUCAAAGACGACGACGACACACCUCCACCGAUCUUCUUGGGGAAAUGUCUGCCGUCCAGCAAAGGAUUGAUCGAUUGUCCUUUCCGUCGGAUCGAUCAUUAUUGGACAAGUCCAGCAGUUCCACCACCAGCAAUCCCACAUCUUUGUUGUCCUUGCGAAACGAAUUGUGCGACGACAUUGGAUUGGGUCCCACGGCCGGUCGUCCCAUUCGAAAGCAUAGGAUGAGUCGCAGUCAUCCCAAGAGGCCAUUGUCGGUCCAAAAACACAUUGACACGGCGCUACGGAUACUCAAUGAACAAGAACAGCAAGAAGAACCAAUGACCCCCAACAACAACAACAACAACAACAAGACCAAUGAUAACAGCACCAGCAUGACCUUUGAACAAUUGGAUGCUUCUACCAGCACCUGGCCAAUUUUGGGUUUGGAGCAAGAUCCACCUUCCACUUUGAACACUUCUUGGCCCAUGCUGGGCUUGGAACAAGAUGCGACUCCGGUCCUGCCAAGACGUCAAGUGUCCCCCAAACCAAUCAAGAAGAAAAAGAAGAAGACAAUAACGGCGAGACCGACUUUUGUGAUUAUCGACCCUUCCAUUUCAGUCGAUGAUACAGAGUCGCCAAUAUUCGAGCCACUGGUUUGCUGA